AUGUCUGUCUGUCAACAAAGUCGACAUAAAUAUUUUGAGUGAGAUUUCCGAUCAUCAGCUCGUCGCGGCGGCAGUAAAAGUUGUUUGUUUAUUCGUUUUAUGCGCUUAUUUCUUGGACUAAACUUUUUUAAACUUCAAAUAGUUAAUCAGUUACACAAGAUAACUCCUCAAAAUGGUUUGGUUGGAAUCGUGCUGGUCUCCAUGCAUCUGGUCCAAUUCGGUUAAGUCCGGAAGCUACGCGAUUGCCGCUUACACUGUGGCAAUGUGCAUUGUGCUAAUAACCAUGACUGGUUAUAUGCUCGCGGGUGGAGACUCUUCGCAGCUCUAUUCUCCGCUGUUCGAGACAGACAUUCGCGACUCGAUGCAGAUCGUCGGAGGAUUCUUCAUUGCGUACUUCCUUUUGCUGAUCCUGUCGGCCUUCGGCAUUUGCUACUCGCUGAAGACAACGACCCGAGGCUGGAUGCUUCCCUGGUUGUCCCUGUUCGGAGUGGCCAUUCUGUUCCAGUUCGUGUUUGGACUGUGGUUGAUCGGGGGUUACUAUAUCUACCUUCAACAAACACUGUCCAGUUUGAUCCUGUGGGCAUGGAUGGCGUACAAUAUCUACUGCUGGAUGUGCGUAUACUCGCAGUAUCAAAUUUUCGUCGACAUGCAGUCGCCAAACAUUGAACUGCUGAUGCCUUAGAGAUUUAACACACUUCCACACAAACAGCCAGUUCAUUUACAAGAUUUGACCAAAUAUGUAGCAACUACUUACGUGCAUACGUAUUAAUGCUACUCACAUCGUUUAGAGGAGUAGUAAUGCGCACAACUGGAGGAAAACGUUUGUGGCCCAUUUUGGACAUACGUUUUUCAAGUUUCGAUUCUCGAAGUGCCUUGGUCCAUUCAUUCCGUUGAUGGUAUUUAUAGAUGUAGUUUUUUUUUUACAAGUAGCUGACACUAAUAUAUAGGAUUAAUGUAAUCAAGAUCAAAAUGAUUUUUUAUAAUAUCAAUCCAUAGUUGUAUUUUAUGGAGAUUAUUCAAAUGAUGUUAUGUAUGAGAACGAUUUUGUACCUCUAUGUACGGACUAUUUAUUGUCGCGCUUAUCUUAGAUUCUCAGCAAGCUGCGUUCGAAACGCGCAGCCUCAGAUCGCGCCAGACCGCGCACGUAUGAUUUGUAUACGGUGUGCACCUUGGCUAAAACUGUUUUGCAGCCGCCGGGUUCAGCUGUCAGCCGCCGUAUACAAAUCAAGCGGGCGCAAUCUUAUGGCGGCUGACUAAGAUCAGCAGGAUCUGAGUGAUUAAGCUAGGAUACACAAUAAAUAUGAUCCAUUGAUUUUUAGUAAUCUCUCGAUAAUAGAACUGAAUCUCAGUUGUACCGUCCUAAACAAAACAAUAUCCGCAACGUUUAUCUUUUAUUGCGAAUAAAUAAAUAAAACAUUCAAAUCAGAA